UAAAACGGGUCGUUUAUGGCAGUCUGUUUUGUUAUUCUGGAGGCAUUUUUCAAUUUCAUGGUCACUAACAACAGACCAGUUAGUUGCGCUCCUAGCGGUUGUGUUUAGAACUGCAGCACCUGUUCCUCCCCUGGCAGAAAUCUAUGACGUUCCCAUGACGUCACAGCACAGGCCAAUCAUCGGGGGGCGGGGCGCCCUCUACCCUCCGUUUAAAAAGCCGCAUUAGAAUACAGCCCGGCCGCGGCUGCUGAGGUGGAGUUCCUGUUAUUUGGGGGCAAGUCUGUCGUCGGAGGCAAGUUUGUGGACAUCGCCGAGCCCUUACAAGCCGACUUAAGCCGUCAAAACAAGGACUAAGAGGACUAAGACGGGAAUUUCUGCCGGGAUCUUCUGGUGGCGGGAAAAUCAGUGCAGCAAAUCACGGCGUCCUGCUGAGAGGCUGCACGCUGCGCGCAAGUGUUGUACAAGGUCGCUGGAGAUAAGACAUUGUAGACCGUGUUUUACCCUCUGAUUUUGCCCGUAUGACCAAAUUUCAGUCGUGUUUUUGGUAAGGUGAGGUUCACGGCUGACUAGGCAGCUCGCUGCUAACCCAAGACUCGAUACGGACUAGUCGUCACAACAACACAAGUCACAACACGUACGCCACUCUCAACCGCGAGAUUCCGUCACAUCCUAUCGAAAAUCUCUCGCAAGAGACGUCUUCACUGCACCGAAAAGAUGGAAGGACUUUCUUAUCUCGAGGUGCCGUGCGUUUGUAGCAGUCUUCGCGGCUCAAGCAUCCUCUAAGAGUCAAGUGUGGGCGACAGGAACAAAGGCUGGAACCACAAGACAUCGGUGAGGCCUCUACCGUCUACGAGCACGUCAAAACAAAACCAAAACACAAAACAAUAGACUCUUCCAGAAGAAACCAGUUCGUCCCAGUCACUGCUCAAGACAUGGAGAGGGGACACCCAACUCCUUAAAGUACUGCCUCCAGUGUCUUGAAGAUUGAAGGAUCCUCAGAAUUAAGUGUUUCAAGGAAGUGAAAGUGAGGGAAGAAGACGCCCUUGAGGAACACAGCACGGCGACUGCCCUCGCAGCAUGACUCGGGUGUUGACAGCUGGACAUGUGAAGAUUUCUCCAACACGCUACCUGUCCGGUUGUCAUGGCUACGGAGUCUUUAAUGAUGGAUUCUAGAGGGUGGAACGAGCCUCAGGGGUGUCUGCGCCUGAUGGAGACACCGGACGCCAUGGACCGGGUGGCCCUGUGGGACACCGGAGACAAACCCUCCCUGGCCUCGGAGCACCCCAGCUUGUGUACCGAAGACCUCGAGUCACCACUCCGUUCACUGCCGGGAUCCAACGAUUCCCUGGUCGACGCGGGCAGCGAUGGAGAGGAAGAUAGCGUCCGUGUGGUCGUCAGAAUACGACCUCCAAAUGACCUGGAGACCAACCGGAAAGACAAGGUCAUCACACAAUGUCCAGGGCAAGGUGCAUUAUGGGUGGACACCAGUACCUCAGGAGGGCGUCCCAAACAGUUCACGUUUGAUGGUGUUUUUGGUGCGGAGACAACACAAUACCAGAUGUUUGAAAACUGUGGUAUCAAGAAAUUGCUGGACAUGGCUCUGGAUGGGUAUGCUUGUACGGCAUUUGCAUUUGGACAGACAGGAUCUGGGAAGACUCACACCAUUACAGGGCCUAUGACUAUGACACGCACGCCACGUGCGGUUCCGACGAACAGCGGUGAGGAGGCGACCGCGUUCGGGUUUGAAGAUGACACCGUGCAAGAUGCAGAGUACCAGGGUUUGAUACAGCGCGCCUUCCUGUACCUGUUUGACAGCAUCGGACAGCGCAAACGCCGAGACCCCAGCACAGUCUACACCCUCAGGGCCACCUAUCUGGAAAUAUACAACGAACAGGUGAAGGACCUACUGAACCCGGCGGAUCGGUCCAACCUGCCCGUGCGAUGGUCCAAAGAGCAGGGCUUCUAUGUGGAGAACCUUUUCUGUCCAGAGUUUGAGACUAUCGAUGACAUCAUGGCAGUGCUGGAAGAAGGAAUGCACAACAGGCAUGUUGGUUCCCACAAUCUGAAUGAACACUCCAGCCGAAGCCACACCAUGCUUACACUCAACAUUGACAGUGAAAUGGCUGACCCAGACGAUGACUCCAUGUACAUCACCAAACACGGUAAGAUCUGUUUUGUGGACCUGGCAGGCAGCGAGAAAGUCAAGGAGUCCAAAUCAGCCGGGGACGCACUCGUGGAGACCACAAACAUCAACAAGAGCCUUCUGACUCUUGGAAACUGCAUUUCUGCCCUCAGCGACCCAAAGAAACGCGGCGGACACAUUCCCUUUCGAGACAGCAAGCUAACGAAACUGCUGUCUGAUAGUCUAGGAGGGACCGGUGUAACUUUAAUGGUUGCGUGUAUAUCGCCCUCGGCGUACAAUGGCUCCGAGACGAUGAAUACUUUAAGAUACGCAGUCCGGGCCAAGAGGAUAAAAAACAAGCCUCUCGUGAGGAUGGAUCCGAGAGAGAAACUGAUCUUGAGCCUGCAGAGAGAACUAAAGAGAUUACGCAGUGAAAACGAGUAUCUGCGAACGAAACUGAACUUCCCGCAGAGUCGAAUGGGAAUGGUGAACGGACACAGAAAAGAACCGCCGCAAGAGGACGAAGCGGUCAGACAGACGUUGGUCCGUCGCGACACGAACGAUAGCGACAGCUUGUACGAAAUGUUGCAGGAGUACAUGGUUGAGAACGAGAACCUGAGACAUGAGAAUACCGAGCUGUUCACGUCGAAGGACCACAUUCAGCGCGAGCAGGUGCUGCUAUCCCGGGAAAACGAUAAACUCGUUCAGAAGCUGGAAAACCUGGAGAGAGUCCUCGCCGCGUCCCCGCUGAGUUGGCAAACCUCGUCACGGCACAGCUCAGGUCACUCGAUACGCAGAGAUUCUGGUCACCGGCACUCGGCGCAUUCCGAGGGACCGCCUGUUACGAUGCUCUCACCUUUGACAAAGUCGCCGUUUGACCCACGAGAGGCGAAGAACCGGCACAUGACAACAUGGCCGCCCUCGCCAGAGCUGCAGCCAAGAAUGGCGUGGAGAUCAACACCACCCUCGGAACAUUCCAAGGAUGUGAGCCUGCCGCCGGUGGAUCAGAAAAAGGGAAUCCCCUCCAACUUCCGCCAGCAGCAGGCCCGUCCCAACGUUAACGCCUCCUUCCCUCCGUCCAAGAUCCCCACCAAGAGCCAGGGCUUCUCCAAACUGCCGCACAAGGGCACAGAGGUCACGCCCAAGGUCAUGGAGAAGAAGAAGGAAAAGAAGGCUUCAGAUUCCAACUUAAAGAAGAGAUUUAUCAAACUUGAAGCAUCUGGAACAACAGGGUCUUCUCAAAAGCAGGGAGGCUAUGCGGAGCGGUUCCAACAAAAGCGUGAAGCCAUGGGUAAGAAGGAGGAGGACAGUACAGCUAGUAGGGAGCCAGAGACUGAGAAGGAACAAGACAUGAACAUCGCAUGGCAAAACAGGGAGGGCCAGAGGGACCAGCCUAUUCACAGACAUGAUAAUGCAGUGGACAAUCAUACCCCUCCACAUAACGCUGACAAACAGGGGGAGACCAAUGAUGCAAGUCCUAGACAAAGAAUAAACGAUGCACAAUUCUACACAACCAAAGAUUCAGAUGCCCUUCAGGACAUGAAUGCCAAGCUGCGUGCAGAGCUGGCCGACUUAGAGGGAGAGAUCGCGAGAUACAAGCACGUCGGCAAGCCUGCACAGGGAGGCAAGAAGAGAUAGUACAUGUCUGACCCAGGGGAGAGCAAAACAUCAACAACAAUUUGUUAUUUCACUCCAUACUAUAGUAUGGAGUGAAAUAUUGUUCAGAAUGCUUUUCAGAAGGUGAUACAGUGUGCCCAAGCAGUCCAUAUGGUGACAUUGAAUUUUCUGAAACAACAGAAUAAUGUAUCAUGGAUAGCACUGACCUCUAGUAGGCAUUUGCGCAGACUUGAUCAUUCUGCUAUUGGAGCUGAAAGUAGCUGAUUGAACUCAUUCAGCAGUGUGGUAUCAACUUUUGACUGCUGCCUCAUUGAAUUUUGCUAAAAGUGCAGGAACAUCAGCUACAUGUAUUUGUGAGCCUCCAGGCUCCAUCCAUGCAGGAAUUGCUUUCAUCUUCACAAACUCACAUUCAUAGACUUCGUGAAUUUCAGUGAGAUUGUUUCAGUGUAAUCUGUACCAUGUAAAAUUCUGUCAUGUUGUUUUAGAUGAUAAUAUGUGACUGAAUAAAGCAUGGCCUUCCACACCAUCUCUGCAAUGCAAAGAAUACAUGUACUAGUAGUAUGUGUGUGGCAGAAAAAAAGCAGUUGUCAGUCAGAGAUAUCAACAAUUGGUCAGUUUAACUGAUCAUGUCUUGAAAUGAGGAGCCAUAUGGGAGAUUAUGAUAUAUAAUUUUUCUUGAAUAUGGUAGAGCAGUAUAUUUCAAGACAUGCUAAAGAAGAGAAACAAUAAAAUCUUUGGAGUCACAAUUUUGCAUCAAUUGUAGCCUCUGCUCAAUAAAAAACAGCAAUGGCCAGUAGAGCUAUUCCUACAUGGUAGUCAUGUCAAUGUAUACAUUUACUAUGCUGUAAUCAAGUUUUGUAGUAAUUUAGUGUACAAGAUAAUGUAAACAGUGUAUAUAGUUCCUGCUGCUGUUUUGUACAUAUUAGUUUUGUAUCACAUUAUUGCUUAGGAGAUUUUGACAAAACAUUCUAUUAUAUUAGACAGAAAUGAUAUCUGUACAGAAGGUAUUGUGAAAUAUGUUAUACUUUACAUGUGUUAUUGAAAAUUUCUUGAUGAUAAUUCAAAUUCUGGAAUGUCUAUCGUGCACUCUAGCUGCUCUUUUCCAUUGUGCUUAUCUCUCUGAUACAUGUGGUAGAGUCCAGCAAUGCUUUAGCCAAUCAAGGGAAGUUUUAGAUUCAAGCAGACAACCAACCAGGCAAGCUGUUACAAAUGUAUGAAAUUCCUGCUGGCUGACUUGUCCACCAUUCCAUGUAGUUUUCAAGUUUGAAGAGACUUAAUGAUAAACUGGUAAAAACACAACACAUGUAUGUUCAUAGUUAAUAAAUCAUAAAAUAUCCCAAUCAUUUACAGAUAAAAAGGCAUUCUCUGUUUGUGAAAAAGAAUGUUACUGCAUUACAGAUGUAGGGCCUGCACAUAUGUGUACUCAGAAGAUGGCUCUGUCCUUGGUACUAAAACUGUCAUGUUAGUGCAUUUAGAACAUUCAGUGGUCUACCAUAUUUCUUAGAAAGAAAGACAGCCACUACAAAUGUUGUAUGUAUUUGUGCCUGUUUGUCAGAACACAUGCAUUGCUAAACAUUUUGUCAAAAGUAAUGACGGAACACAAUUAAUUGCAGAUAGUUUGGUAUGUGAUGCCAAAAAUUACAUGUACAUUAUCUGGUGUAUCUAGUCAAAGUCCAGUGUCAGCUUUGCAGCACAUAAUUAUGUGGAAUGUGGUCAACAUUGGCAAAGGCAGGCUAGACUAAUAGCUGGAACAGGGUUUAUCUUAAAGUUUACAUUUAACCAUUUCUGUCAAUUUUUACUGUGUGUGUUGCAUAUAUACCUAGGAUCCUAAAUGACUGUUUUUUUAAGGCAUCAAAGUUUGUGACCGGUAUGUUUACAGUUUGAAACCAUACAGGCCUAGCCCUCAAGCACGUACACCUUUAAAAAGUAUCAUUGCUGCACUUUCAUUGGCCAGCCUUGCUGUUGCUGCACUUUCAUUGGCCAGCAUUGUCAAUGGAGUUACCUCACCAACCAAUGAGCAUGCUCAAUUUUUGAGAUAUGAAUUAUAUUGUUCUGGUGACAUAUUGUUAGUAUAAAUGUGUUUUGAUGAAUUCUUAUAAACACUGAUUGGCAUACAAUACAUGUAAUACUUAUCUGUUGAAGGUACCUAUAUGUUGAUAAUACUUGUCAAUGUGUUGUAAGUAUAGUCAUUGCCCCUAGAAUUGGUGUGACAAUUUUACUGCACUUAGGUAGUAAAAUUGUGUGAAAUGCACCUAAGAUCUGUUGAAUUUUAGUGUAUUUCUGACAAAAAGUAGUUGUAUUGUGUAUAUUUGUCACCUAUGUGUACUGAAGCCAUUGCACCUGUUCAAGCCAUCAGAUGUUUGAGAAUUGUGCAGAAAAUUAUAUUUUCACAAAAG